AUGAUUAGAGAUAAAUCAUCAAUCUAUUUUCAAUGUAGAGAAGAAGCAAAAAUUAUUAAAAAAGAAACAGAUAAAAAAGAAUUUUUAACAUUUAUGUCAGAAAGGUCAUAUAAUAAUAAUCAACCUUCACAAAUUCCAUCUUCAUCACCAUCAUCCUUAUCAUUUCCAAAUAUUUUCUUUAAUAAAUCCUCUAAUAAUAAUAAUAAUAAUAAUAAUUAUAAUUUUAAAACAUCGACAUCAACAUCACCAUCAACAUCAUCAUUUAUACCAUCACAACAACCACGUGAAAAAUUAGUAAAUAAACCAUACUGUUUUAAUUGUGGUAAAGAGUUUGGAAUAUUUACAUCAAAGAUAUCAUGUGAUUUAUGUAAUAUUAAUUUUUGUGUACCAUGUAUUAAAAAGAUAUCAAGUAAAGAUAUAACAGGUGUACUAAGAGAAGGACAAGUUAAAAACUAUUGUCCUAAAUGUGUAUUUAUAGUAACUCGUGAAGAAACAUCUAGAAAAUUUUCAUUUUAUUGUGAAAAAGCUUUACAAGAUCCAAUUUAUUUAAUUUUUAAUGAAAUCACUUUAGUUAGAAAAUCAAUUUCUGGUUGUUUACCAAAUUUUGAAUAUUUAGCAGAAUCAAUUACAAAUUUUAAUAAUGCAUCAGCAAAAAAUAGAGAAACAUUUUUACAAGUUUAUAAUGAAGUAAUAACUUUACAAAAUGAUUUAUCAGUUUUAUUUAAAGAUUUUGAUAAAAAUUUAAAACUUAUUUCAUCUUGUGGUGGUCCUUCAAUAACUAAAAACCAAGAUAAAGUUAAAUUAAAUAUGAAAUCAACAUAUAUUUCAUUUUUACAACAAAAUUUACCAAAAUUUAAAACUAUUCAAAAUCAAUUAUUACAUUUAGAAAUGAAUACUUGUACAAAUACAUAUAUUUUUUUAAGUAGAAUAUCAUUAGAUAAUAGAUUGAAUAGAGAAUUUUGGCAAAAAUAUGGUAAUGCAUUUCAAAAUACAAUUAGUAUAGUUAAACAAGAUUUAUUUAAUGCUACUAUAAAAUGUGGUGAAAAUUGGGAUAAACAGAAAUCUAUAAUUGAUGAUCUAAUAGUUUCAGAGGAGAAAUCUGAUUUAAAUCUAUUUGUACCUCCAAAUAAAGAGAUUGAAAGCACUCUAUUAAGAAAGAAUAUAGAAUUUUUAUCAAAAAUUUUGGAUCAAAUUAAUGUUAGGGUUAAACCUGAUGAAUUAAUAAAUUCAAAGGAUUCAAUCAAACAAUUACGUGAUAAUUUAUCAAUUGUUCAUAAACAAGGUUUAGUCUUUUAA